AUUUUCAGACCCCUUUUUGUGGUGAAUACUCAAGUUGUAGCCAGCCCAGCCAGCCCAGAGCUGCUUCGCCACCUGUGGAAGAUCUUAAAGGUGAUAUGGCGGAGAGGGAAAGUCGCUGAUCAGUGGAGAUACGCAGAGGGAGUCUGGAUUCCCAAAGAGGAGGACUCAAAAAACAUAAACCAGUUUCGGAGCAUCUUGCUAUUGAGCGUGGAGGGUAAGGUGUUUUUUAGCAUUGUCUCCCGGAGAUUGACCGAGUUUCUCCUUAGAAACAAUUACAUUGAUCCAUCAGUUCAGAAGGGGGGGAUCCCAGGAGUUCCUGGUUGCCUAGAGCACACUGGUGUAGUUACACACCUUAUAAGAGAAGCCCAUGAGAACAGAGGCAACCUAGCUGUAUUGUGGCUGGACCUGACUUAUGCGUAUGGGUCGAUCCCACAAAAACUGGUUGAGCAUGCUUUACACCUCCACCAUGUCCCCAGCAAGAUCAAGGACCUGAUCCUGGACUAUUACGCCAAUUUCAGGCUCAGGGUCACUUCUGGGGCAGUUACUUCAGGCUGGCACCGCCUCGGGAAAGGUAUAAUAACAGGCUGUACCAUCUCAGUUACGCUCUUUGCCCUUGCAAUGAACAUGGUGGUAAAGGCUGCGGAGGUGGAGUGCAGAGGGCCGCUAACAAGGUCAGGUGUUCGUCAGCCCCCUAUCAGAGCCUAUAUGGAUGACCUCACCAUUACAACAUCAUCAGUCCCAGGGUGUAGGUGGAUCUUGCAAGGUCUUGAGAGACUCAUCUCAUGGGCAAGGAUGAGUUUUAAACCUUCCAAGUCAAGAUCGAUGGUACUGAAGAAGGGCAAGGUGACGGACAAGUUCCGGUUCUCAAUCUCAAUCUCAGGAACCAUUCCUGCCAUUCAGAAGGCAAAUGAGGAGCUGGGAGCGUGGCUCAUUAAGGUGGAUAAGUCCAGCCUGCCUGGAAGAUUUAAAGCCUGGAUCUACCAGCAUUCCAUCCUGCCCAGAAUCCUGUGGCCCUUGCUUGUCUAUACAGUUCCAAUAACUACUGUGGAAUCCCUGGAAAGGAAGAUCAGUGGCUUUCUUCGUAAGUGGCUGGGACUUCCCCGCAGUCUCACCAGCGCUGCCUUGUAUGGGGCAAGCAACAGCUUACAGUUACCCUUCAGUGGCCUCACAGAAGAGUUCAAGGUGGCUCGCACAAGAGAAGCCCUACAGUACAGAGAUUCUAAAGACUGCAAGGUGGCAUCAGCAGGUAUUGAGGUAAGGACAGGAAGAAAGUGGAAGGCUGAGAAGGCAGUUGAGGUGGCAGAGUCACGCCUAAGGCAGAAAACACUGGUGGGAGUCUUAGCAACAGGGGGAGCAGGCUUGGCCCAGGUCAGCAGGGCACAGGGAAAGGAGAGACACCAGCUACUCCAGGAAGAGGUCCGAGCAGGUGUGGAGGAGGAGCGAGUAAGUAGAGCUGUAGGCCUUAAGCAGCAGGGAGCAUGGACAAGGUGGGAGAGCACCUUGCAGCGCAAGGUCACCUGGGCAAACAUCAUGCAGGCAGACUUCCACCGGAUCCGAUUCCUAGUGCAGGCAGUAUACGACACUCUGCCAAGCCCAGCAAACCUCCAUCUGUGGGGGAAGAGCGAGACACCUGUCUGUCCCCUGUGCUCUGGAAGAGGGACCCUAGAACACCUCCUUAGCAGCUGUCCAAGGGCCCUGGCCGAUGGUCGGUAUCGUUGGCGGCAUGACCAGGUGCUCAGAGUAGGUGCUGAAAAGAUUGCCUCAGCAAUCAGCACCAGCAAGCAUCAUCAUGCUCCGAGGAAGGCAAUUUCUUUCAUUAAGGCUGGAGAGAAACCCCAGGUGCGCCCACAUUUAACAACCGGCCUCCUCAACACAGCCUCUGAUUGGCAGCUACAGGCUGACCUGGGUAAGCAGCUAAUGUUCCCUCAGAACAUUGCAAAAACAUCCCUCCGGCCAGACAUGAUAAUUAUUUCUGAGGCUUCAAAACAGCUGAUCAUGCUGGAACUCACAGUGCCCUGGGAAGAGCGGAUCGAGGAGGCCAAUGAAAGGAAACGAGGAAAGUACCAGGAACUAGUGCAGGAGUGCAGGGGAAGGACCUGGAAGACUUUCUAUGAGCCCAUAGAAGUGGGUUGUAGGGGCUUUGCAGGACGAUCACUCUCCAAAGUCCUAGUCCCAGAAAGCCACAAGGUGGCUGUGGAUCAAGAGGGCUGAUCCGUGGGUAGCUACUGGUAUGCAAGUCGGGGCCUGAUCACCCCCGGCUGGGUCGCCUGGGGGAGGGUGUAUGAUGUUGUGAGACCCGAAACACCUGAUGACCCCAGGAUACAUCACUGAAGAUGCGUACCAGUGCAUCCAGGAGAUGUGUCUUUAUAGCUGCAACAACAGAGCCCAGCGCAUAAGGCGCUGGUUAUGAUUAAACAUGCGAGCAAGGAACACGAGUGGGUUGUGGUCGGUGUACACAACAAGGGGCAACAUGCUGGACCCCAGGUAUAUGUGAAAGUGCUGAAGAGCCAACAACAAAGCCAGGGUCUCCUUUUCAAUGGUGGAGUAGUUUAACUGAUUUUUAUUGAACUUGCGGGAAAAGUAACAAACGGGCUGGUCCAAACCCUGCAAGUCUUCUUGCAACAGCACUGCCCCAGCCCCGACAGCACUGGCAUCAACCUCAAGUUUGAAUGGUCGCGUCAAAUCAGGUGCAGCUAACACAGGAGUGUGGCAGAGGAGUUGCUUAAAAAAACACUUAACUCAAGACUUACUUUACCAAAACGUGAUGUAAAGGAGCUCAAAUGAUUUAGUUCAGAAAGUUCAGCUACAUACAGAAGAAGUGAAAUAAAUGAGACUCAGACAAAGGUUCUAAAGUUCGAAAAUGUUGGCUUAUAUACAUCUUUCUCUUCCCAGAAAAAGAAAAUUUGUAACAAACAAAAUAAAAAUACUUUAAAUAAAAGUUUCCCUUUGGUACCAAUAGUUUCUCAGUAACAACCUUGUUUCACAAUCCACAUUGGUUACCUUAAAAUCUUACCUGGGUGCACCCUUCUAAAUAUAUAUAAAUAGGUUGCGGCUCAAAAUAAAACACAGCUUCAAUGGCAAAAUUCCAAAUAGCAAAAUUAAUUUGACAUUGCAUGGACCUCGUCAAAACCUUUAUUUGGAGGAACAGUUCUAACUUGCCCACACCAAGUCUACUUCCUCUAAGUGGAGAAGUGUAGAGUCUGUAAAAGUCUUCAACAGUUUCAAGUAAAAUGCCCAAAUGUCAGGGCAAUGUGUUUGUGUGGGAGGGGGGGGACAGCAAGUUCGAAAUGGUGUGGAAGGGAUUUUCGUUGCAGCUGGCCUACCACCCUCUGCCGUGCAGCAAGGGAAGAAGUCAACUGGUCCGUCAACGGGACAGGCUCACCAUCAACAUCAGAUCCAUCUAACGUCUAACGUUCCAUCUAAUUUCCAGUGGGGUUAUGACCCCCCCCAAUAAUCAGACCCAACCAAUAUAGUCCCCCCAAUAAAAUUAUGAAUUAUCUUGCAUAAAUAGGCUGUUGAUUUUCUUUACUCAUUUCAGUUAUUACCAGCAAAAUAGUUGCAUGUUUAAUCAUCUGGGAAUUUACCCAGAUUUAUUAAUUUAUUUAGACAGAGAUCUUGACCCCCCCCCCCCGAUCCCGAUGGGAUGCACUAUCAUGUGGGGCGACUUGGCCCAUGUUGGGAGGUAUGAUCUGUACUUUAGGGAAUCUCAGGAACCUCAAAGACCCUUGGGGGAAGCAAAAUGCCCCACACCUAAGCUGCAGCUUAGGUGUGGGGCAUUUUGGGUAGGUUAGGGGAAGCUUGCCUCGUCCUUUCUUUGUGUGUGGAUAACUGGCAUGGGAUCUAAGGAGCUUGGAAAGAAAAGUGUCUGGACUUCUUUAAAUUGCUUGAAGACGUUUCACCUCUCAUCCGAGAAGCUUCCUCAGUUCUAGGGUCAAAUGGUGGAGAGUCCCAGAUUUAAGCCCUGUGGGAGUGUCCCCCCGAGAGGGACAAAAGGAUGCAGCACACGGAAAGCUGCAGCAGUGCAAGGCUGUUGUUCCAGCCCCUGCUGGGUAAACACAUUUUACAACAUGUGCUGCAGUAGAGAAAACCUAACA